UUUUCCACGGCGGGAGCGGGUGGUGAUAAAGAAGAAGAAUAGGACACACAACCACCCCACCACACAGAGUUCAGUUUCCGUCAGUCCGUCAGGCAGAGUCAGUUCAGUGGUUCAGUGUCAAGCUAGUCAGAAGUGAAUAGGUGUGUUGUGCGAGGAUCUUCGAAGGUGGAUGUUGGUCUUCUUAAUCAAAAGACAAGAGCAAACAUUAGAAGUUUUGGUUUGUCCGGUUGACUGUGACUUUUUUUUGGGGGAUUUGGUCGUGUUGUGGAGAAGUUUCGGGUCGUCUGAAAAAGGGGAUCAAUCGUUUUCAGUUUCGGAUUUUUUCUCUCUUGGUGGAGCAGGUGGAGGGAGGGAAUUGAAAAAAGAGACAGUGGACCGAGCGUAGAGAAAGAGAGAAAGGUGGAAGAAGAAAAGUUCGAGGGAAAAGAACUGCUGGCGAAGAAGUGAGAGACUCUGCCUGAACUGGUAGAGUGGUGAUGCGACCAGUCACGAAAUAGGAUCAGGAGCAACGCCAACACCAGUUUUUCCAAGGAUGACGGAUUAAGAGUGGGUCAGAGUUUAGGAAGAGUCAGAGCCAAACCCAGCGAAAAAAGCCAGGCUAGAGUGUGUCAAAUACCAUGGAUGAUGAAGCCGUCACGAGUCAUCCGCACUUGGCCGGAGUAGCGUGAGUCUCGACCAGCAGCAGAACCGGCAGCAGAUCCGCGGAGGCAGAGCACCACAACAUCACAUCAGAAGCAGCAGCAUCAGCAUUGCAUCGUCGUGCAAAAACAAAAUGGCGGGUGCUGAGCAUUCGUUUGGAAGAAAGACAUUUCACAAGCCAACCUAUUGCCACCACUGCUCGGAUCUGCUGUGGGGACUAAUCGGACAAGGAUACAUCUGUGAAGUCUGCAACUUCAUCGUUCACGACAAGUGCGAGAAGAAUGUGAUAACACCUUGCCUCGGCGUCGCACCGUAUCUCAUCCGAAACCCGGUCGCACACUGCUGGUCCGAGCCGGAAAAGCACCACAAGCGGAAGUUCUGCUCGGUCUGCCGCAAACGAUUGGAUGAAACCUCCGCCGUGCACUGUCUAAUUUGCGAGUACUUUGCCCACGCCGAGUGUCAGGACUUUGCGAUCCCCGAUUGCAAGGAGAAUGCCACGUACGUGCCGGGCAAGGAGCUGGGCCACGUCAAACACCAGCACCACUGGCGCGAGGGCAAUCUGCCGCAAUCGUCCAAGUGCGCCCACUGCAAGAAGGCAUGCUGGUCCUACGAAUGCCUUACGGGUUACCGCUGUGAAUGGUGUGGCACAACGACGCACGGUGGCUGCCGGAACAACAUCCCAUCGGAGUGCACCUUCGGCACACUUCAGCCAAUCUACUUGCCACCGCAUGCCGUCUCCAUACCGCGAACUGAAGUGCCAAUGGAAGCAAUCAUCGGAGUGCAGAACAAGAACAAGGGAACGCCGGGCAUGCAACGGGAUUACUCUUGUCCGGAACUGUGGACGCUCGGGCAGGACGAGUUCUGCGAAAACGGAACCGACCCCAGAGAGCAUGGCUACCAGUUGCCGGUUUUCGCCUUCUUCGAUGACGGUGACGACAGCGGCGAAUCCAGCCAGGCGCGAUUCCCUAGCGACACCGACCUACCAACCUACAGUAGCCUGUUUCAUUCGUCCGGCAAAGACGAGGAGCACUUCAAACCGGUCCCCAGUCGGAACCUGAUCCAUCCGGCCAUGCGACGGGCCCAGUUGCUCACGCCGAAAGACGCCGUCACCGUCGGGCGGAGCAAAUCCUUUCAGGACCAAAGCAUAAGCAUUCCAAUGCGACGGCGGCUGAAAAUGUUGCCAUUCCUGCGGGUGAAGGACAGCCGACCCCACCGCAAAGACCGAGCCCGACGCCCGUCGCCGGUUCUGCUGCGAGUGGAUUCACCGGUGACGUCAGCGUCAACCUCGGCAACGGCUUCCGCGGCUACCAUUCCCUACGAGGAAAUUGGCGGCGGCAGUUGGCGGAACGGGUCUUCUGAUGGUCAGCAACAAUACAGAGGUGGAGCGACCACCGGCACCGGUGAUGUCGUCGAUAGUGACACUCAGGGAAAGGGGGAGGGUAAAGAAGUGGGUGAACGAAGGGUGCUUUCCUAUGGUGACGUCAGCAGUUUUGUGUUCAUCGAUGAGGACAUCGACAACGACGGUGGUUACCCGAGCAGAAUACGCUAUGACCGCGCUUGUGAUGACCUCAAAGAUGCUGUGACGGGUUCACCCCUUCAUGACAACAACAACAACGGUAACGGUAACGGUGGUGGUGGUGGUACAAAUGAUACAGUGAUAAAACUCAGUAACGAAUCAAGUGCUAAACUAGAUGAUACUCGUGACACGGCGGCGACGGUGGUGGUCGUGGAGACGACCGACAAGGUGAUGACGAUAGAUGCUGCAGCUGAAGGCGAUAAGGAAAAUCGACGGCGAGGUCACUUGCUGGGAAGAAUCUAUCGUCGGAUGCGCAAAUGCUCGAUGGGAUGGAGCAAAACGGGACACCGAAGAGCUCGCAGCAUCUCAGAAGAAAUGUACUCAGACCCCUCACGCUGCGACGACCAACAGAAGGCCGAGAGCAGUUCUGGCACUCACUCGAAACCCGAUUCUGCGCACAAAGAUAAAGAUAAGAAAGAUAAGGAAAAGGAGGAACGUGAUGAAGAAACAAUCAAAGUAUUUGACGGCAACUGUUCAUAUCGAAGAAAAAUAUUUAGAGCCAUCACCGUACCUAGAACAUGCUCGUUAGAACAAUUACUGACCACCGCCUUGAGGGCCUUUCACAUAGCCAGGGAUUCAAAUCUAUUUUUUCUUACCGACGUCUACGGUGAUGAAGUAAGAUUACAGGACCCGACGCCGGUCCUCAACCUGCACCGAAUCGAGGGAAAACGACCAGCCAUCUAUCUGCGAUUUCGUGACCGCGAGAACGAUCACGGCUUCGUGAGGGUCUACCCCGGUAAGCUGCAGGUGGAGAACGCCUACGUCAACAUCCCGGUGGACCUCGACUCGACGGUGAAGGAUCUCAUCGGCGAGUCGUUGAAGAAAUUCGGCCUCCAAGGACACCAGAUCGAGGACUACCGCUGCUCGGAGAUACUGCUGGACCGGGGGGUCACCGAGCGGGUCCUGUCGUGGAACGAACGGCCCUGGGAGAUCAUGAAGCAGCUGGGGAAGGACUCGAUCCGCCAGAUGGAGAUGAUGCGCUUCUAUCUGCAGCUCAAACAGGAUCCGCACGGGCCGAACCUGGCCCUCUUCGUCGGCAAUCUACCUCCGGGCCUGUCGCAACGGAACUACGAACACAUACUGACUGAGAUCCUUGGUUUCGAAAACAAGUUUAGUAGUAUCGGUCCGAUCUACUACGAGUACGGAUCGCUAGUGAUAACCUACGAGAACGCAUCCAAAGCCGUUCGUGCAUUCCAAGCCUUGCGGGAGUCCAAGUACGAGGACAAACAUCUGCUGGUGUUGCUGUUACCGAACAUUGAACCGAGCAUGGUGCCCCAGGGUGUCCAACCGUUGCUGGUAUUCGUCAACGUCAAGUCCGGUGGAUGCCAAGGAUUAGAGCUUAUUAGUAGUUUUCGGAAAUUGUUAAAUCCAUAUCAAGUAUUUGAUCUGGAUAACGGUGGACCACUGCCUGGACUGUAUGUAUUCAGACACAUUCAGGAUUACAAAAUUUUAGUUUGCGGAGGUGACGGCACGAUCGGCUGGGUGCUGCAGUGUUUGGACAACGUCGGCCAGGAUUCGGAGUGCUCUAGCCCACCGUGUGCGAUUGUCCCGCUCGGAACCGGAAACGAUCUGGCCCGGGUGCUACGUUGGGGUGCCGGUUAUACCGGCGGAGAAGAUCCACUAAAUCUGUUACGGGACGUGAUCGAUGCGGAGGAAAUCCGGUUGGAUCGUUGGACCGUGGUCUUCCACCCGGAGGACAAACCGGAAGACGCAGCUCCGAGACCAUCCCAGGGCAAUCCAGCGGGUAAGAAGAAGAAAAUACAACAGCAAUUACAACAACAACAACAACAACAGAAUCAACAUCAUCACCCCGCGACGACAAUCAGCGCAAUCAGCCAAACGCAAGUCGUCGGUGCCACGCAGAGCGAAGACAACUCGCAGAUCUUCGUGAUGAACAACUACUUCGGCAUCGGCAUCGACGCCGACCUGUGUCUGGAUUUCCACAACGCCCGCGAGGAGAACCCACUCAAGUUCAACUCCCGGCUGCACAACAAGGGCGUCUACGUCAAGAUGGGCCUACGGAAGAUGGUGGGGCGGAAGAUGGUCAAGGAGCUGCACAAGGAAAUCCGGCUGGAGGUCGACGGCAAGGUGGUGGACCUGCCGCCCGUCGAGGGUAUCAUCAUUCUAAACAUCCUGAGUUGGGGUUCGGGUGCCAAUCCGUGGGGACCAGAGAAGGAGGACCAGUUCAGUAAACCGAAUCACUGGGACGGAAUGCUGGAGGUCGUGGGAGUGACCGGUGUAGUCCACCUCGGUCAGAUUCAGUCCGGCUUGCGGUCGGCCAUGCGAAUAGCCCAGGGAGGUCACAUAAAGAUUCACCUACAUUCAGACAUACCGGUGCAGGUCGACGGGGAACCGUGGGUGCAGAGCCCCGGCGACGUAGUGGUGCUAAAGUCAGCUCUCAAGGCGACCAUGUUGAAAAAAAUGAAGGGCAAAAUGAAGCGACGAAACACCGAACCGACGAUGCAGGUGAUGGGGCCAUCGGGAAUCCAGAUGACGCUGGCCGCUCCCCAGGAGCCGGAGGAAGUCGACUCGAAUAAUACCGACUUCUGAAUUUGGUAUAACGAGCGAUUAAUUUAACGUGCUUCGUCGUUUGUCGAUACUACCACUACCACAAUGGCAAUUAUCACUGCAAAAGCAACAGCAGCAACACCCUCCUCUACCAACAAAAACACCACUACCACCACCAUUACUGACAGUCACGACCAUCACUCAACCGACGAUGAUGAAGAGGCUUCGUGAGAAAACCAAACAAUCGAGCUGGCAACACAGACCGAUUGUCAUAGCGGCAGCGGCGAACUGUCAAACUAAAGCGCUGCUGACAGCACUGCUGCGUGACUCAUUUGUAUAAAGUCAACUCCGCAGGCCGAACAAUUCAAAACCAACAAAACAUUUCACUUCAGCCCACCUCUGUGUACAUGUGGUAGCGAAUUUUUCGAAGAAACUUUGUAGGGCAUCCUCUCCAAGGAGCAAUAGUGCAUACGCUCUUAUUCAAAUCAUCCACUCGCGCACACACACCCACAUCUAUACAGGAACACGUGUAAAUGAACGACUUUGACAGUAGAGACAAAUCUUAGCAAGCCAUGAACACAAACCCCCCUAACAACGGUGUGUGCAACUAUAAGGGUAAUAGCAAAACCAAGUUAACCGCACUCUUAACCAUAGAAAAAACGUCUUCAUCAGAGAGAAACAAGAACAAACACUCACACACACGAACAAAACCAAUUGACAACCAACAAAACAUAACAGAAAACCCCGUGGGAACAAUGAUUUUUGCCAAACAACCCAAAACACAAAAGGAUAAGCCCGCAAGCCCUGUCAAACACGCAACGACCGACGGUAAAAGCGAACAAGCGCAAGGAACGUUAAAUUAAUGGCUCUUGAGUUACUUCACGGUGGCACGAAAACUAAAAAACAAAAGAAAUAACAAACAAUGCAGGAAUAGUAUUCAUUAUCACACAGACAUACAAAAAAAACAAAAACAAACGAAGACGAAGAAGAAAAAGCUGAUCUUCGGGAAGCGAACAAAGCAAGCGCGAAUCCAAAUCAGUAUUUGCAGUGUGUAGGGGUAAAUCAAGGGUUAAAGGAACCCGAAAGAAUGAACUGUGAACAGAUGCAUAUUUUUGACAAACAAGAAGAAGAAGAAGAAGAAGCAGGAGACGAUUAAACUGUUGCUUUUUUAUGGCAGAUUUGACAGCUGUCAAUGUCAGUUUCGUUCCAACACAAACACACAGACGAAACAAUCGAAUUUGUUAGAUUUUCCGUUAUACAACACACGCAUACAAAUGUGCACGUAAACAAAACAUAAAAACAUGUAAACAAAUCAUGUACGUACGCCGUUCUUUCGAUUGAUUAGAGGACCGAUUGAAUUCAAUGCGCAUAAAGAGAAUCGUCACUAUCACACAAACACAAAUGCAAACUUCUUCUUGUGACUAACGCAGAAAAAAAAACAAAAAGAAUUUGAAAACAAAAACAAAUAUUUAUACGGAAAUGUUGUUGACUAUAUUUACUAUGAAUUUUAUUUCUAUUCAUUUUUUCUAUACACAACGUUCACGCGCUACGGCGAAAAAAAUCAUUAAAUUAUAUUGAAAUCAACAGAAAACAAACCGAAAAGCGAAGAAAAUGAGAAAAACAGAGAUUAAAAUACGCUUAUGUAAGGAAGAGGAAGAAAAAACGAAAAAAUGGGUGAAACAUUAAUCGAUGGUUAUAUUUUGACACGUUUCCCUGCGUUACGAAAGAGGAAACCGUCAGAAGACAAACCAAAAACAUGGAAGCAAACCAAAAAGAUAUAAGUUUAUUUUUAGUUCUAUCUACAAAACACACAGGUUAAAGCAAAGGAACUUAACGUGUUGAGUGCGUUUAUCAAGUGGAAACACGCAAUUAAUAGCCGUAAAUUGUAAUUCAAACAAUUACGUUCUGUAUGGUAUUUUACCAAACUCUACAUUAAAGAAAAAGAAACACUAUUAAAUACUAACAAAAACACCCAAUCUUAGUCACGAAUACAAGGGAAAUUACACUUGCCAAAAACAAACGUUAAAAGUAAGUAAAAUCAACCACACAAACAAAACAUCCCGAUUACGACGAAUUUCACAUUCACACACUAUUACAGGAACACACGACAGCGACGCGGCUGUGCGUGACUAACCAAAACAAACAAACCCACAAAAUGAAAACAAUUAUUCCUUUAAGAAAAAUACAGCCCAAAAACUGCAACCAUAUUCACCACAACACCCAAACGAUGAAAGCAGCAGCACAUCACCAAACGUGCGAAAUCAACGAACCCAGGCCGACUGUGAUCGACUCUCCUGUCAAUUUGACAUGACAACAACGCGCGAAACAGGUAGCGCUCCGCCACCGCCACCUCUACCAUCAGUCACGAACACCACGAAAGAGUGUCCAAACCAUCGCUCAAGGCAGUCUAGCCGAAGACGCGCGGGUUGCUUUGAUCGCGGUUCCCCUACUUGAACGAAAACACACGCACACACUUUCGAUGCGUGAGCGUGAGUGAGCGAGCGAGCGAGCGAACAGAACGGCAGUCGGCCCGCGAAUAACCGAUCUUGGGAAUGUUUAGUUAACGCACGGAUUCGUACGAGAAAAAUGUACGAAGGGCAGAGACUAGGCUUUUCAGAGAAACACGGAAAAGCAAGAAGCGAGAUCAGCUUUAAUCGAAACCACCAAAACGGCGAAAGGAGAAAUAAUACUGGGGAAACUUGCAGUUUUGUGUGCGUUUUCUAGAAUAUUCUCAGCGUUAUUCUUGUCGGAAGAAUGAGAAGAAUUACACAACAAACGAAAUGUAUGCUUAUACGAAAAAAUCCCUCCUGAAGGGUGUGUCCAGACGAAAAAAACCUCCUUUCAUUAUUUAGGUCGCGCGUCUUUCCACGCGAAAAAUCGAAAAUCAUACUCACUAGCACACAACCACAUACAAAUAGAUAAAUGCGACACACUCGGCACAAUUACUGUGCGCGUGUUGCCACCGCAGUCUGGACGCACCUUUCCCACCUAAACAUAUAGACACCUUGGUUAAAGUGUCACCUUUUUGUUACCUCAUCUUGAUAGUUUUCCGCCAUAUUCGCGUGUCGCGUUGCCUCCCACUGGUCCGGAAUAGAACGACCGCAAACGCGACGAUACCAAUACAACGUGACUCCUCGCUAUCCAAAAAUCUGUAGGGGCUCAGUGUUACUAGCUUUGCAAUUCCGGAGGUGCCCUUAGUUGCGGUGACCGAGUUGCGUCCGGUUUCGCACCAUGCUGGGAAUCGGGUGGCCAUGGUGGAACAUGGCGAUGCCACGUGUCAGAUUUGACAUAUAUCUGUCAGUCGGGUUAUUGACAGAUCAUUUUUCUUUUUGCAUUUACCUCGAUGUGGCAUCGCAGUAACCUCUGCCACCCGAUGACCGCCUAGCGACGAACGCAGACUCACUAUAAAUCUAGUAUCACAUACACUUUUUUGGAUAGUGACGCUAUCGUUUGUAGCACAUAAGUCAUAUUUCAUAGUUAUUGUAUAGUCAGUCCUCCUCCUCCAAGUUGUAUGCGAAACGUACGAGGAACCAUUGACCCUAGGUUAGGUUAGAACGAUUCCGUUCCGGUAUUCUAAGUUAGUAUAGAGCAUACAUGUUCGGUUUUCUAGGUAAAACCAAACGAACCAAUUCAUUUACGCCCUUCAGUUCAUUAUCGAAACUCCCCACUGUGAGACAGCGACUAAUACAACACACUCACACUACACUCUAAAACCAAACAACAACACACACAUACAUACAAUAGUAAUAAUAGCGAAAAACCUAUUAUUAUAAUUAUGAUGUAAUUAAAAAGGAAAGGUAAAGAAAAAUAAACAAUGACCAUAAUAUAUUACAGUAUAUCUUUUAAAAGAAAGUAAAUAAAAAUAAAAAUCUCAAAAUAGAGUUGAUGUAGUGUCGAAAAUGCAUAUAAAUAUAACAGAUAUAAUUAAAAAUUUAAUUAAACCAAUAUUUUUUUCGUAUAAAUAAUAAAAAAAAACAAAAAGAUUAGAACUCUUCUAAACGGUGUCGUGCUAAGAGAUACUAAUAUACCAACUUAGAGAAUCAGACAAAACAAAACUAUUACCAAAAAAAAAACAAGCGCCACUCCGUCGCAAGACAACUUAGAAGCGUGGCCAGCGGUGGUGACGUUUCACGCAAGUGCGCGCAGGGCUCUAAAAGCCCCAAGACAAACACUAACAAAUACAACUGUCUCCCUCGCCAUCAGUCCCACCUUAAGCGAAACAAAGAAAAAAAACAAUCGGACUAUUCUGAUGAAAGCAAAACAAACAUGAAAAAGGAGGGAGACUGCCAUUCGUGUGCAAAUGGUGCUAAACAAUCACAAACAAGCAGAUCACAAAUACAAUCAAAGCGCAAAGCAGCGAGGACUCGUUUGACAUUUGUUGCAUUUGUUUACGGCGAAUAUCAACCGCACAAACAAUCUGCCAAAGGCGCAUUCACCAGCAAGAGCGCGUUUAGUGGCACACGCACACACACAAACCUACUAAUGUACUAAACCCACUCCGCGAAGACAACAAGAUCGCCUCCAAGAGUGAUACACCUAUAAAAAAACAAAGGCGAUCCCAUCCCAACGGCCAUUGGGGCUUUCGGGAACACGUCGAGGGUCCGAACGCGAAGAAUUUAAACAAGGUGAAAGAAAUCAAAAUCUAAAACAAAAAAAAAAACUAAUAGAUACAACCAACCAAGUAAGGGUUCAAAUCGUAAAACAAAAAGUAAAUCAAUCAAUAGGAGAAUAAACCAACACAAACCAACUGCGAAACAAAACUAAACGAGAGCGGGGACGAGGUUGAACGAAAAUCAGUGAAAAGCGACAACAAACAAGGUAAAACAAACAUUCACACACCCUAACAAAAAAAAAAUACAAACACACAUUCAUCUAGAUGGCGACGACUACUGGAAGUCGCCCAAAACGGGAAUAGAAAAGAAACGUAACACAAACAUACAAGCGAGAGGAAAUCUCCUCGCUCUCCGCUCUUCCAAGGUGUUGUUGAAGGAGAUGAAAAAAAAAACAGAGAAAGUUCGUAAACGCAAAAGGAAGUGGAAGGAAACACAAGAAAAUUACAACACACACACACACACACAUGCGUGCGCACUGACUGAGACAGACAGACAGACGGAGUCAGUGUCGUCACAUGAAUCGAGUAUAAACAAAAGAAAUACUAUUAACUAUUUAAUAACUAUUAUUAAAAAAAAACAGAAAAGAAAAUGAAUUAUAUAAUAUAUAAAUAUAUGUGAUUAUAAAUAGGUUAAACAUAAUUUGUCAAUAGCAAGAACAACAAAAAUAUAUAUAUACAUAUAUGUAUAAUUAAAAAUAUACAAAAAAUAUGGCUGUUUC